GGUAUAUCACGUUUCUGUCAGUAUAGACGUGGAGUCUGAAACAAAAUAAACAAAGAAAAGAACGAAAGAGAGAAAGAAAGGAAGAGGGAAAGCAAAACCAAACAAGAUGUUGAAGUGGCUGCUUCUGCUAGCUUGUUUGACGUCGGUCUUUGGGAGUCGAGGGAAGUUCCAAGUCGAGGGUGAGAAAAAUGCCGCACAGUCAAGCGGUAGUGAGGAUCAUCCGCAGGAGCUCGGUGACUCGCCCAACCUUGGCGAAAUUCUGAAGAAAUGUCGCAAAGAGAACCCAGACUCUUCCCCAGAGACACUGAAGCGAUGCCUCAGGAAGCACGGGGCUCCAUCGGGGAGAAAGGGCUCUAUGGCACGGAGAGGGAAGGCAUCAUGCGGAAAACUCUACAAACUGAAAAAAGGAGCAAAGAAAACCUUCCGAGUCAAAGGGAAGGAGGACUCAUGCGAAGUUUUCUUUGAGCCAAAAGGAAAAGCGAAGCUGGAAUUGGUUUGCAAAAAGUUCAGUCUCUCGAGUUGCAAACAAGAAAUUUUUGUCGUUGCUGACCAAAACUCCGAGGACACGUAUUGCGAUAACGAUAAACCGAGCAAGAGAACGGGGUUAGACUACUUACAACUCACGUACUCAAAAAUUGGUGACACCAGCGAUAGGCCAAAUAUCUUGUGUACAGUCAAAGGCGUUAAAGCUUCUGGCGGAGGAGGGGGGAGCAGUGGAACACAGGCGUCAGGAUGUGAAAAAGUGUGUGGGAAGGCUUCAGAAAGUGCUGGGGCUCCAAAGAUCGUGGGCGGGGAAGCAUCGACCCCUGGAGAAUACCCCUGGAUGGUUUAUCUGAAUAUCAAUGAUGGCAUAUUAUCCUACAUCUGCGGUGGAUCCAUCCUCACGACAACUCACAUUAUAACGGCAGCCCACUGUGUCGAUUACGAUAGUCCACAGGUAGUAGUUGUAGCAGGCGAGCACAAUAUAGAAACAGAUGACGAAACUGUCACACAGAUCAUUCGUGGUAAAAAAAUCACGAUGCAUCCGAAGUUCAACCCAAAUAACAUGGCCAACGACAUUGCUAUAAUCACACUGAAAUCGUCUCUGGAAUGGACCGACAACGUGGGACCCAUUUGCUUGCCACCUGAUAAUACCUUCGAAAAUAGGGAUGCAGUCAUAACAGGAUGGGGAUUGUUAGACUACCCGGGGUCAACGCUUCCGGAUGAAUUACAAGAAGCAGCAGUCACUGUGUCCGAUCAUAAGGAAUGCAAGGACACUUAUGCGUUCUCGAACUUCCCCGUGACUGAUAAACAUAUUUGCGCCGCCGAUCCUGGAAGGGACUCCUGCAGGGGCGAUUCUGGGGGUCCCCUGAUGACGAAAGAGAACGGAGUAUGGGUGCUACUCGGCUUGUCAAGUUUCAGCCCAAGGGAAUGUGCUACAGAAGGUGUCCCUGGCGUGUACACUCGAGUCUCUUCCUACAGUACAUGGAUACUCAGUAAAAUCUCUUCUGGAUCUUGUUAGUGCGUAUUGGCGAUGCCUCGUGACGAAAAUGUAAAUGCAAGGAAUAUAAACCUCA